ACACAUGCAAACAUUAAAUAACUUUCAGCUACUGUUGGCUGGCUCUUGCAAUGGUAAACUUUGAUAUCAGUGUUUCUGUUGUUUUUACCAUGUGUCUUUGAAGAUGUAAUGGCCUACAAAACAUGGCCUAUGAUGAUUUACUGUGAAUAUAAAACUAUCCCCAAAACACUCCCAAUUCGUUGAUGUCGUCGUCCUUUUUCUUCCAACAGGGAAAAGUAGUAUAACCGUUUGACUCCUGAGCAGAAUGAAUCACCUGGCUCACCACAGUGAAAAAUGGGGUCUAGCCCUAARGGAACGCUCAUGAUGUCUCUUCUGAAACUCUCGUUGUGAACUAUGGAACACUCUGGUUCACCUCUGACCCCCAACCUCAGUGAUACUACAGCCAAUGACAGCCUGGGGUGGGGGCUGGGGUCGCCCUUCGCCUCGGCCCCUAGCAAACAGCUGAGCACCUUGCCCAACGCCCAGACCCGCUUCAAGGACCUGUCAGGGAUAUUGUUCAUGGUGACCCUGAACGUGGUGGCCCUUCUGGCUAACACAGCCGUGCUGGUGGUGGUGGUCAAGGCCCCGCACCUCAGGAAGUUUGUCUUUGUGUGCCACCUGUGUGCGGUGGACCUGCUAUGUGCCGUACUGCUCAUGCCCCUGGGCAUUGUGUCCAACUCGCCGUACUUCGCCAGCGUGGUGUUCACAGUGCUGGAGUGCCAGGUGUACGUCUUCCUCAACGUGUUCCUCAUCGCAGCCUCCAUCUUCACCAUCACGGCCAUCAGCGUGGAGCGUUACUACUACAUUGUCCACCCCAUGCGCUAUGAGGUGAAGAUGACCCUGAAGCUGGCCACAGCRGUCAUGGUCCUGGUCUGGGUGGCCUCAGGCCUGCUGGGGCUGGCCACUGUGUUCGGCUGGCCCAGCUACAGCAGCCUGAGCUCCAUCAGUGCCGCCCACUGCUCCCUGCACUGGAGCCACAGCGGCCACCGCCGGGCCUUCUCUGUCCUCUUCACAGUGGCCUGUUUCUGCCUGCCUGCUGCGGUCAUCUUCGCUGUGUACAGUAAUGUCUAUAAAGUGGCCCGCAUGGCGGCUAGACAGCAUGGACCGUUACCAUCCUGGACGGCCAGUCWUCCUAAACACCGCUCUGACUCCAUCAGCAGCCAGACCACAAUCAUCACCACCCGCAGUGCCCCCAGGAGGCUGCACCACCACAGGCCCUUCGGUGGGUGCAAGGCCGCCCUCACCCUGGUGGUCAUUGUGGGCCAGUUCCUGCUCUGCUGGCUGCCUUACUUCUCCUUCCACCUGCACCUGACUAUCAACAACCAGCCCAAGAUCCCCGCCGACCUAGAGAAGGCCGUCACCUGGCUGGCGUUCUCCUCCUUCACCGUCAACCCUUUCUUUUACGGGCUGCUGAACCGCCAGAUCAGGGAGGAGCUGUGUAAGCUGCGGCGCUGCUACUCUGUCCGGCCUGUCGAGCUGGCCAUAUCCAGCAGCCACGAGGGCUCGGCCCACGAGAACUUCCUGCAGUUCCUCCAGAGGACCAGCUGUACGGUGGAGACCAGAGCCAGCUUUACCUGCACAUCCAGCCCCAGGAACACCCUGGACCAGACUGGGCAGCAGACGGCUGGCUUCAGGAUACCUGGGCAGAUACCUGAGGAUUUCAGUUAAAACGCCCCUGAUAUACUAACCUGGUCCCCACUUAUAUACUGUCACUGUAUUGACACUGGUACCUGUCUGCUGUUAUUGGCAGAAGAGUUAAGUUAAAACUGUUAAGCCUGGACAAGACUGGGCAGAUGGCUGCGUUGAAGAUGCCAUGGCAGAUACCUAAGGAGUUCAGUAACAAUACUCGUAGAUACUGUACGCAUGUCAUGCCACUGGCAUCUACUGUAGUUGACUGCUGUAACAGUGUGGCAACAGUACUACCAGCUACACACUGCCCUUAAUUUAAAACACACAUAGACAGCACUUGGAAGGGACAACAAAGAGUGUUUUUCUUUUGAUAUUUCUAGUUUGUUAAUUAGAUUGAGUUUAUUCUGCAUCCAGAGAUGAUUCCAGAAUCCAGCAUAUAACUGAAGUGCAUUAUGUGCUGAAAAAUACUGUUUUCUCAAUUAUGAAUUGUUAUUUCUAGCUACAACUACCACUAAUAGUGAGACUAAUUCAGCUACCUACCACCAACCAUUCCAAUCACCUAUAUUAGUACAUAUUCUACUAUCACUUCUACUACACAACUACCAGUACACAUUUUGAGUUGAAAGACAAUKCAAAUUGUAUUUCCACUGUAUCAUAUAUUCACUGUCUAUUUAUUAUUCAUUCCAUGUUCAAUACAGGGAGCAUUCAACAUUUUAAGUGUAACAGUUGAGGUGUUUCUAUUACACAAAAUCAAACUUGAUACUUUUACUAUUUGGUUCUCAGUUGAGGUUUAGUUGCAAUAUUCUUAACUAUAUACAGUAUGUUUCUUACAAAGCAAUGCGCUAUUAUCCGUUAUCAUAAAUUAAAGCACAUUGCAUUCAAUAGGCUACCUUUUUACAGGUGACGGCAGAGACUUCACUCUCAAAGGUGACUUCUUUCUAUAUGGGCAAGUUGUUUUU